AUGGCCUCUCCAGGUCACCCAAAUGGGCACCUUGAAGCGACUGCCAGUCGUGAGGUAGUCUACUGCCAUGCCUGUUCUAAUGAAUGGCAUCGCGCGGACCACGGAUUAGUAUGCCCCGAUUGCAGCAGCGAGGCCACGGAAAUCAUAAGCUCAGAUAGCGAUCCUCGAGACUUUAAUGACGGCUCGGCGUCGACAUCACCCGAACUUCAUGACCCAUACCAUUUCCACCACGAACAUGACCACGACCACGACCACGACCACGACCACGACCACGACCACGACCACGACCACGACCACGAUCAUGGUGACGAACAUGACCACGGCCAUGAUUCAGACCCCGACGAAGCUGAUAUAGAAGAACACAUGGGCCCACAUGGCUUUCAUUACCGCCGCAGUGUUAGGGAUCGACCAGGCUUUCCUCAUCAUGAACCCGAUGUCGACCCGGUAUUUGAACGCUUUAUUGGCUUGAUACACGAUUUGUCACCACCACCACCGCCGCGCAGAACAGGAGGGCCUGGCAUGUUUCAGCAACAACGAGGAGGCGAGGAGGGUCGAUUUGGAGGCCCGCAAAUCCAUCGCGCUACAUUCACGAACGGCAGUGGCAGUGCGUCUGUCACCAUUUUCUCUGGGCCAUCUUCGGGAUUUUUUUCCUCGGGGGGGUCCCCUCCAUACGACCACCAUGGCGAUCCGUUUCAAGCAUUCUUUAACAACGUUCUGCGCGAUGCGGCGCCUCCAGGAGGUGGUCGGGAGGCAGGGGGCGGCCACUCUCCAGGAUUUGCGCGAGGACUACAGGAGAUUUUGAAUCUAUUCAAUCCGGCACACGCCAUCUCAGGAGACGCCGUCUAUUCUCAGGAAGCUUUGGACCAAAUCAUCACAAACCUUAUGGAAGCGCAUCCGCAAUCAAACGCUGCACCGCCAGCGUCGACCGAAGCGCUUGCUAAUCUGAGCCGACGACCUGUGGACGCUUCAAUGUUGGAUGGUGACUCAAAAACCGAAUGCACCAUCUGUAUUGAUGAUAUGAAGGUGGGUGACUUGGCCGCCUUCCUACCUUGUAAACACUGGUUUCACGAAGCAUGCGUCGUUUUAUGGCUCAAGGAACACAACACAUGCCCGGUUUGCCGAGCGUCUAUUGAAAAGAGUGGCGACGACAACAGCGGUAUAAAUGCAAACGGAAGUGCAAAUGCACCCGGCCCUAGUGCAUCAGGGCCAUCACAACCGGAUGAUCAAUCUGGGAUUGGGCUGGACCGUAGCGGCCCGCUUCCAAUCCCUGGCCCCCGACCAUCCCAGCUCUCUCGGCCUCCAAGUCAAAGCCAGAGCCGGCUGAAUGAGGCCAUGCGAAGCAUCUCAUCGAGACAGCAGGAGCGGCAACAGCAACAAGAGCGUGAGCGUGAGAGGCAUCGUGUCUGGGGUGUCUCGUCUCCAGCAGAGCGUCAGCGAGACGAAAGAGAGCGAGAAAGAUCUCGGAUAUGGGGCGUACGGUCUUCAUCAGGCUAUGAUACUUCACGAAUGCAGCGCCGAAGCUCACGAAACUCUCUUUCCCCAACGAGCCCUAGAAUGACUGUUGCGGAUUACAGAGAGCGUCAGAGACAGGACAGUCCGCCACAAAACAGCCGCCGAGACGGAGAUAACGCUGAUACUGGUCGACAAUCUGCUACCUCUGGAGCUCUAAACUGGCUUCGGGAUAGAUUUACCGGCGGAGGUUCAAGAGACGACUCCAACCGCGAUGACCGUUGA